AUGGCACUCACACCCCCAUCUCGAAUAUUGGGCGAUGAGCAGCAGUCUAUGAACCUAUCACCGACCACUAGCCUGGAGUUCAUCCGACGUCUGAUCGCGGACAUCAGGACAUCAAUCGCCCAACUCCGCCCUGAUAUCGAGGAAGUGGAGAAUCCUGGCGCGCCAUCUAGCGGUAACACGCAAUCCGAAUCAGUGGACCAUGAGAACGGCAAUGGCGCGCAUCAGGAAGAGGACGAACCUCAACAGGAUGAGAAUGGCGACGAAAUUCCCGAGGGGUUAGAACAAAGCGCACAGCAUGCCCGAGGCAAGGCAAUGAGAGCACUCCGGGCCCGCCAAUCGCGCCCCCGCGAUCUUGAUCGAGGAGUUGGAACUGUUACACAUUCAGUUCACUCCGCACAGGGUGACGUUCAUCAAUAUGCUGCAUGCCGCCAAUCGAGCCGAUCCUCCUGA